GAGAUUUCUCUCCUUCCAAACAGACCAUAAUAAAUUUUCCCGGAUUCGAUCCAAAAGAAGAUCCAUAGAAAGGAAAUUAAACCCUAAAAAACAUGAUCGGAGCAGGCAAGAUCAAGCAAUACUCUAAUGUCCUCGAUAAACCCCUCAGCAAGGGCAAACAAGAGGUGAGUUCGAGUGCGUUUGCAUUUUUGUUUUCGGAGCUUGUUCAGUAUAAUCAAACACAGGUUGAUAACAUUGCUGAAUUAGAGCGAAGGCUAGAGGAUGCAGGCUAUGCUGUUGGGGCUCGAGUUCUGGAACUUCUUUGCCACAGGGAUAAGGGCAACAGAAGGGAAACACGGUUGUUGGGUAUUUUGUCUUUUGUACACAGCACAGUGUGGAAAGUGUUAUUUGGAAAGGUAGCCGAUUCCCUUGAAAAAGGCACUGAACAUGAAGAUGAAUACAUGAUCAGUGAGAAGGAGCUCCUUGUCAAUAGAUUCAUUUCAAUUCCGAAGGAUAUGGGGACAUUUAACUGCGGGGCAUUUGUUGCUGGAAUAGUAAGGGGUGUUUUGGAUGGUGCAGGUUUUCCAGCUGUAGUAACAGCUCAUUUUGUGCCUAUGGAGGGCCAGCAUCGACCUAGGACAACCAUUUUGAUAAAAUUUGGUGAGGAGGUUCUAAGAAGAGAAGCAAGACUAGGUUAAUGCUUGUUUGAAUAUGUCAUCAUGCAACCUUCGGUCUUCAGCAACACGGUGAAGAGUAGUGAACUCUUCAGCUGGAAUCCUGUCAGCUAUACUUUGUGACAUUAUUGGAUCCUGUUUGAUUUUUGUGUCUGCUCAUCAGAGCAUGGAAAUUUUAAUGAUCUUGUAAAAGCAAUUAUUGCCACUCCAGUUGAUGUAAAGUAUACGAUUUCCCUUCUUCUCAGCUCAUAUGAUCUUAGUCAGGAUGAGCUGAGUUGAAUAUUUUCAUGAAUACAUUUUUGUCGGACUUACUCAA